GAAUCUUUUGAGUACUAUGCAACCGAACAUUUUCGCAUGUCGGGCGUUUACUGGGGCCUUACAGCCAUGCACCUGCUGGGGAAGCUGGACGUGAUGGACAGAGACACCAUCUUGGGAUGGGUGCUGUCCUGCCAGAAGGAUGAUGGGGGUUUUGGUGGCUCAGAGCGCCACGACUCACACCUCCUGUACACGCUCAGUGCCGUGCAGAUCCUCGCGCUAUAUGGCGCGCUAGACCGCGUCAACAGUGAACAGAUCCUCUCAUAUGUCUCUAGCCUUCAACAGCAGGACGGCUCAUUUGCAGGAGACAGCUGGGGAGAAAUAGACACAAGGUUUUCAUACUGUGCGCUAUCCUGUUGCUCGCUGUUGGGCAAUCUCCAAGCUGUGAAUGUUCCGCGAGCUGUCAGCUACAUUGUGUCCUGUCAGAAUAUCGAUGGAGGCUUUGGAUGCUCAGCAGGCAAUGAGUCGCAUGCCGGCCAGGUGUUCUGCUGCGUGGCAGCUCUGCAUAUUGCAGGUGCCCUUGACCGCUUGGACAGGGACUUGACAUGCUGGUGGCUGUGUGAGAGGCAGACGAAGAGCGGCGGGCUGAAUGGUCGGCCAGAGAAGCUGCAGGAUGUGUGCUACUCCUGGUGGUGCCUGUCAGCCCUCAGCAUCCUGGACCGCUUGCACUGGAUCGACCGCGAUGCGCUCUCAAACUUCAUUUUGGAGUGCCAGGAUGAGGAGAGAGGAGGCAUUUCAGAUCGACCAGACGACAUGGUGGAUGUCUUUCACACCUUCUUUGGCAUUGCAGGCCUCUCCCUGAUGGGGCUGUGUGAUCUUGAGCCGAUUGAUCCCACCUACGCACUUCCUGUGAAUACUGUGCAGAGCGUGCUCAAGGAGCAAGCGCUGUGA